GGCUGCGGNGGAGCAGCGGCUCGCAGCCCUCCGGCCCGCGCCCCCACCCCGCGCCGGCCAGGGCAGGCGGAGCGCCCGCGGGCGGCGGUCCUCGGCCUCGCGGGUCUGCGCUCCGGGAAGCUGCUCGGAGCCGGGGUGCUGUUGCUAAUGAGCUCGCUCUCUUCCCCUCUUACAAUGAAAGACAAGUCAGCCGCCGGGUACCUGGAUGGAUUGAGAGCCGAAGUGUCAGAAACUUCAUAAUAAGUUGCCGAUGGCUACCAGCCAAGGCUGGAGGGUUGUUUUGCAGUUGUGUUGAGCGCAUCGCACAUUAAGGGCCCUUUAAAGACCUGGAUUGAUUGGAAGGACAAAAAUUAAAAGCAGUCUGAUCCAGCCUCAUGCCAGAUCCCCGAGGAUUUGCUCCCUAUCCCAUUUCCAUCCACUGUCACAAUUUGAGAGCCUGCCUGAUUUGAUCAGAUUCACCUCUGGGAGAGGUCUAACGCCAAGGUUAGGAGGACGCGAAGUUAUGGGCAACUUUUUGAUCUGCCCAUCAGCAGUCUGAGAAACGCUGGCUCUGAGUUUUUCAAAUCGGCCUUUGGGAAGAAACAAGUUCCUGGCUCUUUGCAACCCGGCAGUGCUCGAGUCCCUGGGACAUACAGCCGCCGUUGCCUGGUAGAUGUGGCCCUUCCAUGCGGAGGCCGCGAGGCCCGCCUGACCCCGUCGCUGCCUGUCCAGGGCCUCUCUGGGCCACGCCCCUGCAGACUGCGCAGCCAUGCUGCACCUGCUUGCCCUUCUCCUGCACUGCCUCCCGCUGGCUUCUGGGGACUACGACAUCUGCAAAUCCUGGGUGACCACGGAUGAGGGCCCCACCUGGGAGUUCUACGCCUGCCAGCCCAAGGUGAUGCGGCUGAAGGACUACGUCAAGGUGAAGGUGGAGCCCUCAGGCAUCACAUGCGGAGACCCCCCUGAGAGAUUCUGCUCCCACGAGAACCCCUACCUGUGCAGCAACGAGUGUGACGCGUCCAACCCGGACCUGGCGCACCCGCCGCGGCUCAUGUUCGACAAGGAGGACGAGGGCCUGGCCACGUACUGGCAGAGCGUCACGUGGAGCCGCUACCCGAGCCCGCUGGAGGCCAACAUCACCCUGUCGUGGAACAAGAGCGUGGAGCUGACGGACGACGUGGUGGUGACCUUCGAGUACGGCCGGCCCACGGUCAUGGUCCUGGAGAAGUCCCUGGACAACGGGCGCACGUGGCAGCCCUACCAGUUCUACGCAGAGGACUGCAUGGAGGCCUUCGGUAUGGCAGCGCGCCGCGCCCGCGACCUGUCGUCCUCGGGCGCCCACCGCGUGCUGUGCACCGAGGAGUACUCGCGCUGGGCCGGCUCCAAGAAGGAGAAGCACGUGCGCUUCGAGGUGCGGGACCGCCUGGCCAUCUUCGCCGGCCCCGACCUGCGCAACAUGGGCAACCUCUACACGCGGCUGGAGAGCGCCAAGGGCCUCAAGGAGUUCUUCACCCUCACGGACCUGCGCAUGCGGCUGCUGCGCCCCGCGCUGGGGGGCACCUACGUACAGCGGGAGAACCUCUACAAGUACUUCUAUGCCAUCUCCAACAUCGAGGUCAUUGGCAGGUGCAAGUGCAACCUGCACGCUAACCUAUGCUCGGUGCGGGAGGGCAGCCUGCAGUGUGAGUGUGAGCACAACACCACGGGCCCCGACUGCGGCAAGUGCAAGAGGAACUUCCGCACCCGGUCCUGGCGCGCCGGCUCCUACCUGCCGCUGCCCCACGGCUCUCCCAACGCGUGUGCUGCUGCAGGCUCCGCAGUUGGCAGUAAGUACGCUCCGGGUCCACCGCCCUGGGGAAGGCCACCAGGGCCCCCAGUGCAUGACUCCAACUGCACCCCAUUCACUUCGUCACCUCUGCCCGCUCCCUCCUGUUCCCUGGGCUGUGGCCCGCAGCCAGCGUCUCCCACAUUUCUCCCCUCGAGCUUCCUGGUCCGUGCUGCUUUGGAAAGGGCCCUGCCACCCUAAACUCCCCAUGACUCCCUCUCCUUCAGGGCAAGAACGGGGGUCCCUUCUUCCCGGCCAGGGGCAGAAGUCCUCCCCAGCCUUACUGUGGGGUUUGCCAGGCUGGGGGCUGCCUGCACCUGUGUGCCCAUGAGGCUGGGGCAGGUACGCCGGGCUCCUGCUGCCUGCAGGCCAGCUCAGAGUGGGCAGGCCACAGGAGGGAGGUCGGGCAUGGGCACCUGCAGGCUGACCAGUCCUCCUCCGCACGCUGCCGGCUCUCCAGCGCUCACAGCGCCAGGCUCCCGCUAAGUGGAGUACUUCCCGCACCUCCUUUCCCCCCCAGCACCCCACAGCCCACAGGUGGGUUCCCAGGGACAGCCCAGCUGCCCUGCUUUUCCCCACUUCCCACCACGCCCCGUCCUCUGCGUGUGAUGUGUCGGCCCCUGGGGCUUGGCUCCUAGAGUAGAGAACGGCGGACCACAGAGCCUGAGAGCGCGGGGCUGAGGGGUCUCUAGGACGCCUGGGCCCGAGCCGGGGAAUCUGGGGCUCACUUCAAGCCCCUCCAUGCUCCUUCCUCCUGCCUCCCGAAGCGCUGCUCAGGAGGGUCCCGAGACCAGCGUGGCUGAGAGGACAGGGGGACGAAGGAAGGGGAGGUGCCCAGAGGCAUUGAGGCCACAGGAAGUUCACCCAAAGCCUGUCUCCCAGGGGAGCUCCUGCCUCAGUGCUCCAUGGAGCUGGCCCACCACCCCCACCCCUCCCUGCCUCUAGCUCCUCAGCGGCCGACCCCUGGGAGCGGACAGCACAGAGUUAGCCAAGAAGGCGAGUUCCUCUGAUCAGCAAGGCAGAAGGGCGUCUCUGGGCCGGGGUGUUUAGAAUGGGGACUGCUGAGCUUUUCUGGGCUGAGUGCGGGGGGCAGGGCCAAGCCAGGGCCAGCAUCCUAUCCUGCCCCACAUCAGCCAGAGCAGCCACUCUUGGGGGUCUGCAGCGACAGACGGGCUUGGAAACACCUGUUCUCUGGCUCUAAGUCCCCUCCACAGUUGGACUGGUCUGUAGUCGAGGCCUGGGGUGCUGGGUGGCCCUCUGGGCUCAUCUGUCCCUGCCCACUGCAAAUGCCGGAGUCUGAAAGGACUCGUCCUUCCCAGAGGGUGCCAGAAGGAUGUGUCCAGGGGAAUUCUUCCUGGUCCCAGCUGGCAAGGGGUGCCUCAGCAGUGUGCCCCAGCAGAGAGGAGAUGGCAGGGACUCCUCGCGCAGAGCCACGACCCUUCCUCUCUUUGCACACGGACCUGGGGAGGGGUGGACCGCGUCUCCAGUGGACAGAAACCCCUCCUUCAGCUGGGGAAGGGAUGCACAUUCAGCCUCUCCCCGCCUUGGCCUGGAGUGGGGCUCAGCCCUCUCCACACCUGGGUGAAUGCCAUGGAAAAGCCCCCUUGUUCCUGGGCCAUCUUGCUUAACUCCUCCAGGGGACCCGGAGGGUGACCCACCCCAGCUCCUUUUAUUUCUGCCCUCCUCCCUUCUCCACGAGGCAUUUGCAGGAGGCAGGGGCUAGUCAGGAGACUCAGGGAUUUCAGGGGAGCCUCCUGUCCCAGGGAUCCUCUUUGGGGUGAAGGAUAGGUGCACGCUGGGAAUUCCAGGGCAUAAGCUGGCUCGGCCGCCUGAGCUAAGCCUGUGAUGGGCAGACGGGAGCAAAACUCGCUGUGGUGGGGGCCGUGUCUGCACUCAAACAGCGGCCUAUCUGGGUGGGAGGCCAGAUGCUCUCUCUCUCUCUCUCACACACACACACACACACACACACACACUGAGGAAUCCUGAAUCCGUUUUCCGAGCCGCUUCUGAUUUGGUGCGAGUGCUGUGGGGCAAGCGAGCCGCACAGCUGGGAGGUAAGCAGACAGUCCAAGGCCAGGGCAGUCAAGGCGAGGGGGGCUUGAAUUGCGAGGGUCUCCAGGACCCAAGUGGCGAGAAGGGGUGCUCUUCAAGCCCACUGUGGGUCGUGGUCGGCUUUGCAUGCUAAGCCCAGUGCCAGGCGGUAGGGCACUCAGGGGAGAAGGUGGUUCCAGCACGACAGCCAGCAUAAGCUUCUCUUAGCAACGGAAGCCCGUGCCCUGGGCCCCAUGUAAGAAUGACAAUCGCUCCAGCCGGCAGAGUGUGGACUUCCCCUGGGCUCCCAGCUCUGAGGGUUAGGGCCCUUAGUUCCUGGACCCACAGGGGAGGGUGUUACGACUUAGGAAGGAACAGCUGGGUUUCAUGGUAUGUAAAUUACGCGUCAAUAAAGCUGUUGAAAAAGAAAAGAGGCAGCUGCGCAAGGUAAUAGGCUCACAGGGGCGCCUGGGUGGCACAGCGGAUAAGCCGUUGUAGGAUCGAGCCCCACAUCAGGCUCCUCUGCUAUGAGCCUGCUUCUUCCUCUCCCACCUCCUCCUGCUUGUGUUCCCUCUCUCGCUGGCUGUCUCUAUCUCUGUCAAAUAAAUAAAUAAAAUCUUAAAAAAAAAAAAAAGGUAAUAGGCUCACAAAGGCACACAGGCAGCAUUCGAACUCGGGGCUCCCUGACUCCAGAGGCUAGCUUCCGGGCUCAGCCCCCCAGUGCUGCCGCGCCCCCCCCCGCAGCCUCAAGGCCGUGAGCUGGGGCCGUCUUUAAGACCAGCUCCCUGAUUCCAAAAGAACAGACGGGGCCUCCAUCUGGCCUUGGCACAUGACACAGGCCAUUGCAAGAAUGUUCUUCCUGCACACCUGAGCGUGCCCCAGAGAGCCCAGCCAGGGGGCUUUCUUGCCCCCAGAUCCCAGCCCCCAGAAAGGUCCUGAGUCUCCCCCCACGUGCCUCCCAACAGGUGUUUCAGCUCUUUGCCCGGAGUCCAGCUGGGUCUUGUGAACGUCUGGCCCAGAUGUUUCCCCCUCCUGCCAAUGUCAAGCUGUCUGGAGGGCAGGGGCUGCCGGGCAGGAAAAGCUGAUCAAGACCCCUAAUCCUCACCCGCAGAGGGUGGUGGGAGAAAAGCUCCAAAGCAAAAAGCCUUCGGGGCGGGUUUUACUGCGGCUCUAAUUAAGCCCUUGCCAAUUUGGGUCCUGCAGCCUCUUCUCGUUGAGCACCAUAUUAAUGUCAGUUUGAUGUCCAAAGGCCCCCAGCUCCCAGCUGGAAAGUCUCCUGCACUUUUUAGCUGGUAGAUUUUCUUUUUCUCCCCACCAACUGGCAUUGUGCGUAAUCCCUUUAAGAAGCCGAAAGAAUCCGAUUUCUCCCCUGUCCCUCUGGGUUUGUCCUUUGAAAUUCAGGGCACACAGCAAUGCCUUCCUUCGCCAGCCCAGACUGCUUCCCCUGCUUUGUGUCCCAGUAGUCUUGGAGAUAGGCUUAAUGGCACUGGGGGGUGACUCACUUUGGGGUGCCUGGUGAAAGUAGGUCCUAACCAUGGGUUGGGAAGACAGGUCAGAUGGUGGAGGGGCUCCGGUCCCCGCAUCGGUGUUGGACAGGAAGGCUUCGAGGACACUUUUGGACACUUCGAUGACACGUGCCCCUUUUCAGCCAUUAGCCAGGGACUUCAGCACAGAGAGGUCGGGGCCCAGACGCAGGAUCAGAUCCAAGUCUACCCUCAGUAGGGACGGGGACCACACAGGAAAGUCGUACAAAUCAGGUGUCCCACUGAGGAAAGGACCGCCUAAAGCACGCAGAUUCUUGGGCUCUCCCCUCUCCCCUUAUCUGGCUUCAAGUCCACGUGUGCCCCCCACAGCCUGUAGUAGAGUAGAUGCUGCCUUUCUGGUAGAUUUGGACCCAGUUCUAUUUGGCCAGUGUAGACAGAGCCGCUUCUAACAGUGCUGGUGCUGCUAAGGGUGUGGGAUGCCUCAGUGUGUCUCCAGGAUGCCCCAGCCCCACCCCGUCACAUAACUGAGUUUCUUCUCUUCUUUCCCCCAAGAAUGGAUCAGGCCAUCUACGGCUGCCCCCCUUGGGGAGAGCUCCCCCUGGCCCCAGGCGCCCUCCAGUGCAGAAGGUAUGGGGGGCAGGGCCUGCAAGGGCAUUAGACGACCCCCCACCGAAAGCUCCUUAGACGGC